UCUCUCAGGAAACUUCAAGUCUCUCUCUCUCUCUCUCUCUCCUCUGUGUAUAUAAGAAAGUGGUGAGUAGGCUGGUCGGCAGACAGGGAGAAACUAUACUAGCGUACUGUAGAUGCGGAGAGGUGCGUGUUGUGAAAUGUGACUCGGGCGGCAGCGUGGGAUUUACAGGAUGAUUGACAGUUACCUGUGCUGAGUCACGCAGCAGAAUGCCUGGUGUGCCCCGUGGGGCCUCGCAACACCACACUGCGCCCGUAGCCUGUGCGAUCAUCUGUUCCUGGCUGUUGAUCCUCAUCCAUCCCGCCUUUUGCCAAAAACCAGCAAAGUUGCCUCUGGUGGGCCGUAAGCCUUUCCUGGCAGCAUGGAACGCCCCGUUGGACAUGUGCACGCUGAAGUACAAAGUCAAUGUCAGUCUUGAUCUCUUCCACAUCAGCGGAAGUCCACGAGCAGUCCACACGGGUCAGAAUGUCACCAUCUUCUACGCCAACCGUCUGGGCUACUACCCUUUCUACAACGAGGAGGGGGUACCCAUCAACGGAGGCCUACCUCAAAACAGCAGCCUCAAAGAGCACCUCCGCAAAGCCAGAAAAGACAUAGCGCACUUUAUACCUUCCGAAGACUUCCGUGGCCUGGCUGUAAUCGAUUGGGAGUACUGGAGACCGCAGUGGAGUCGAAACUGGGAAAAGAAGGACAUUUACCGCCAGCGUUCCCGCGAGCUGAUCGAGCAGGCCUACGUUAACGUAACGCAAGAGCAGGUACAGGAACUUGCGCGCUUGCGGUUCGAGAAGACUGCCAAGGAGUUAAUGCGGAGCACGCUGCAGCUCGGCACGCAAACCCGUCCGAAUGGGCUCUGGGGUUUCUACCUGUACCCUGACUGCCACAAUUACAACGUGCACGCACACGACUACAACGGCACGUGCCCUCAGCAGGAGAGAGUUCGGAACGACGAGCUGUUUUGGCUGUGGAACAGCAGCACUGCCCUUUUUCCGGCACUGGCUAUACGCAAGGGCCACACAGACAGCGUUCGCAACCUGCACUUCUCGAAAAAUAGAGUGCUGGAGUCACUGAGGCUAGCCUCCCUUACCUCACUGCCUUAUGACCUGCCUAUAUAUGUAUACACACGGCUGGGCUACAGGGAUGAUGCCAUGGCAUUUCUGACCCAGAAGGAUUUGAUACACACAAUAGGAGAAAGUGCUGCUCUGGGUGCAGCAGGUUUCGUCAUGUGGGGGGAUCUCAACCUCACGUCCUCAAGGCACAACUGUUCCAAAGUCAAGGCGUUUCUAAACCACAGACUGGGACAGUACAUCACUAACGUUACCCGGGCAGCUGAAGUCUGUAGUGACUCCCUGUGUCAGUCCAACGGACGCUGUGUCCGCCGAGACCCGGAGGAGCCACACUACCUACACCUGAGCCAAUCAAGCUACCGCAUCCACUCCAACAGGAACGGCACGUUCAGAGUGACCGGCUGGCACUCUCAGCAAGAGCUCCACCUGCUGGACAAGAGGUUCCGCUGUCACUGUUACCAGGGGUACAGGGGCGACCGCUGCGACAGCAUAGAGUCAGAGGAGAAAGAAGAAGACAAUAUGAUCAAAGAGAAUGUGGAGGAGGUGAUGGAGGAGGUGAGGGAGGACAUGAGGGAGGAGGAACAUGAGGAGCAAGAAGAUACGAGGGAUGCAGCGGUGCAUUUAGAAAAAGCCCUCAUUCUGACUGUUCUGCUCAUCUUCUUAAACUUUGUUUGUAUUCAAGAGUGAAACACGUAAUUUCUGUACCACUGGCAGGGGUGGACUGGGAAGCAAAAACAUCCCACAUCGGCCCUCCACCAUUUCUG